GCCAUGAUGGGAGCCUGAGAGUUCAGCUGGAGCUAGAGGAGCGAGAAAAGAAGAUGAUUUCCCGGGACGGAACUGUCAAAUCAGCCUGUACACAUUUCUGAACUUUGUAUAGUCUCUAUACAUCGAAGGUGGAGCCUGUCACUUUUUUUCAGAUGUGUUCCUGGCAAUCAGUCGAUGACAAUGUUGAAUCGUUAGGGGGCAUUUGGAUCGAAAAAGGAGGUAGCAUUAGCUAUUGUUGCUAGCUAGCUGUGCUAGCUAGCUAGUUAGCUAGCGAGCUAGCUACGUCUUAGUGACUGGAUACGGGUUUAGAGAACCGGUGAGUUCUCUGUCUUCUUGCUGUCAAUCGCGGCAGCUGCCAUUGAGCCUUCAGCUUGGACAUUUCACGGCAUUCUGAAGUAUUUUCCUCUGAGGACACCUGCAUGUAUUUUAUCCGGGGGUGUUUGCAAAACGAAUUGCAGGAUUGGGAAAGUCGGGCCUCCGCGGAGGAGCAGAGCAAGGCCCGUCUUUAUGAUCCAGAGGAAGCCUUUCUAAUCCUACCGACAGCCACCGCUACUGCUGGCUAGCACUUCUCUGUCAGGACCUGGAAAAUUCAGCCGUGAGCCACCGAGAGCAGACCCAGUGACUGCGACAUAAUCGGCCAAACCGCCAAUACUAGAUAAACUUUUCACCAGUUACCCCAUAUAGACUCCUGUCACCUGCUACAAUGUCGUCGAUUAUAAAAGAAAUGGUCAGUCGGAACAAAAGGAGAUACCAAGAGGAUGGUUUCGACCUGGACUUAACAUAUAUUUACCCAAAUAUCAUUGCAAUGGGCUUUCCAGCAGAGAGACUUGAAGGCGUGUACAGAAACAAUAUAGAUGAUGUAGUACGGUUUUUGGAUUCAAAGCAUAAAAACCACUACAAAAUCUACAACCUCUGUGCAGAAAGACACUACGAUACUGCCAAAUUUAACUGCAGAGUUGCACAGUACCCCUUCGAAGACCAUAACCCUCCUCAGCUGGAGCUAAUUAAGCCGUUUUGUGAAGACCUGGACCAGUGGCUCAGUGAGGAUGACAAUCACGUGGCGGCCAUCCACUGUAAGGCCGGGAAGGGCCGCACCGGAGUCAUGAUCUGCGCGUAUCUCCUCCAUCGUGGGAAAUUCCAGGAGGCCCAAGAAGCACUUGACUUUUAUGGGGAGGUCAGGACAAGGGACAAGAAGGGAGUAACGAUCCCGAGCCAGCGUCGCUACGUCUACUACUACAGCUACCUACUGAAGCACCAGCUGGAGUACAAGCCGGUGGCAUUGCUCUUCCACAAAAUGGUGUUCGAGACUCUCCCUAUGUUCAGCGGGGGCACCUGCAGGGACAGUACCAUUAAAAACAGGAGCGAGCCGACCCCUCAGGGCUUCAAGAAAGGGAAUUGGCAUUGGGAUCCCCAGUUUGUGGUGUACCAGCUGAAAGUGAAGAUUCACACGUCGAACCCCGCUCACACACGGCGCGAGGACAAGCAUAUGUUUUUUGAAUUUCCCCAGCCGCUCCCAGUCUGCGGAGACAUCAAAGUGGAGUUCUUCCAUAAACAGAAUAAGAUGUUGAAGAAGGACAAAAUGUUUCAUUUUUGGGUGAACACUUUCUUCAUCCCUGGACCAGAGGAGAGUGGGGACAAGAUGGAGAACGGGGCAGUUAACAGUUUAGAGAGCCAGCAGGGGCCACCAGGGCAGGGUCUUCCGGGACAGGGACCUGGACCAGGCCGACCGGGACAGGGCCAACUGCAAAGUGCCGAGUGCAAGGACAACUGGAGAGAAAACUACAGGGAGGAGAAGAAGGAAAGCAGCAAAGAAAGCGACAGGGACAAGGACUAUCUCAUCCUGACACUUAAUAAGAACGACUUGGACAAGGCCAACAAAGACAAAGCUAACCGCUACUUCUCACCAAACUUCAAAGUGAAGUUGUACUUUACGAAAACCGUGGAGGAGCCGAACUCCGAGGCUAGUACUUCAACAUCAGUCACCCCCGACGUUAGCGACAAUGAGCCAGACCAUUAUCGAUACUCUGACACCACUGACUCAGAUCCGGAAAAUGAACCUUUUGAUGAAGAGCAGCACACACAAAUCACAAAAGUGUGAACUCUUUUUAAACAGGAAAAAGGAAGAAAUUAUACAGCAGAAAAAAAGGAGAAAACUUGAAUAUAAACUCAAAAGAAGAACCUUUGUCCCUUCCCUCCCCCAGACGGCAAUAGAAUAUCAUCAUGUCAAAUGCCAAUUUUAGGGGAAAAAAAAAAGAUGAAAUAUCCUGACCAAUAUAUUGUUUUGUUUUUUUCUUUUUUUUUUCUCUCUCUGGCACGACCAUGAACCAUGUGCGAGGUAUUGACACUGUUGCCCCAUGGGAAAAGGUGCUGUAGCUAUAAAACUGUGUUUAUAUAUAUAUACAUACAUAUAUGUAUAUACAUAUAUACAUGCAUAUAUAACAAACUUUUUUGUGUCAAAGACAAUGGAAAGAGUACCACAAUCAGGAGAUGGGAGUUGAAGUGUGGGAGAAGCUAGAAUGAUAUACGAGGACUAUGCUGCUCUUCUCCUGUCUAAACCAAGGCCAGUGCUGCAGUCACUUUGUUUCACUCCCUCUCUUCUCCUCUCAUCUUUUACUCUUCCCCACCCUCCAUCCUCUCCUCCUUCCUAUAUUCCUUUACUGUGAAUGCUUCUUGUGCUCUUUGCAGGCUGUCUCACGUGACUUUUGGCCUUUGUGCAGUGCAAACUGCAUGCGGGCAGUGGGUUGGGGGUGGGCGGGGGUUAUAAAGAGGCUGUGAUGAUGUCUAAAGCAUUGCCAUUCCUGUUCCCACUGUGUAUAUGUUAAAUUAUGCAGAACAAGGCAUCCCAUGUAAUUGUUAAUGUUUUUUUUAUCCUAAGAUAAUAAAAAUAUAAUACACAAAACAGCAGGGAGACAAGUGUUUGCAAUAAUGUUGACACUACAUUUCAAGGACAAUGGUGAAUUUGCAUGUAUUAGAAUUGGCGUCCAUCC